ACAUGGAACGCCAGCCACGUCGACUUCUCCGUUUCACUGGUCCAACUUCUUGGACCCGCCAAGAAGAAGAUAGCUGGAGCAGAUGGAAAUGGAUAAGCCCUAGCAUUCCAUCAUGGCGGCAUUUCAGCUUCUUCCUCAGAUUCAGUACUCUCGCUUACUAUUACUCAACUCAUUGACUCACUUCAACUUUUCAGUUACUCAAUUGGCUUCUACGGACAAACUUCCCAAACUGCGAUGCGCAAACUCAGCUAGAGCAGCCAUUAAUGGCGAUAGCCAAGCUCCCGAAGCCCCCAAGCCCAGUCGUCGAGGCAGAAAGAAGGGAACCACCAAGGUGCCUGCCGAACCUUCUAGCAAUGGCGAUAGCGUAGCUCCCGAAGCUCUAAAGCCCACUCGCCGAGGUAGAAAGAAGGUAACCACCACGGCGCCUGUGGAACCUUCUAGCAAUGGCGAUAGCGUGGCUCCCGAAGCUCCAAAGCCCAGUCGCCGAGGCAGAAAGAAGGGAACCACCACGUCGGCGACCGAAGCUUCUCCGCCAAAAAAAUCAAAGCGUAGGACAAAAUAUGAAGUCCGAAAUGGCACAAUCGAAGUACAAGAUGCUAAAAAAGAAGAAGAAACACAAGCCCAGCAGGAACAGGAAGAAGACGAAGAGGAUUACGAUGACGGGAUGGAUUUCCCGUACGAUAAUCCGCCGUUGAUCUGCUGCUUCGGCGCCGCACAGAAGGAGUUUGUGCCCACGGUGCGGGUUUGCGAGCACGAGCUGCACCCAGACAUUUACUCGCAGUGGAAGCAGCUGCAGUGGGAUCCGCCGGAGUUCGUGAGAGCGCCGGGAGGGCCGCCGUCGAACGUCGCCAUCUCCCACGUGAGGCUCGGCGGACGGGCCGCGUUUAUGGGGAAGGUGGGCAGAGAUAAUUUGGGGGACGAGCUGGUUUUGACCAUGAACAAGGAGAGGGUGCAGACCCGGGCGGUGAAGUUCGAUUCGAAUGUGCGGACGGCGUGUUCGUAUAUGAAAAUGAAGUUUGAGGAUGGGAGAUUGAAGAUGGAAACUGCGAAAGAGUCCGCAGAAGAUUCGCUCCUCAGCUCUGAAUUGAACCUUGCUGUGCUGAAGGAGGCUAGAAUAUUUCAUUUUAAUUCUGAAGUCCUGACAUGCCCUUCCAUGCAUGCAGCCCUUUUUAGAGCAAUUAAACUCUCCAAAAAGUGGGGAGGGCUCAUAUUUUUUGAUUUGAAUUUGCCCUUGCCUUUGUGGGGAUCACGCGAUGAGACUAGGGAAUUUAUCAAGAAAGCUUGGAAUGAAGCAAACAUCAUUGAGAUGUCGAGAGAAGAGCUAGAAUUUCUUAUAGAUGAAGAUUAUUAUGAGAGGAAAAGACAAUACAGGCCUCAAUAUUAUGCAGAAAAUUAUGAGGAAACGAGGCGUCGGCGAAGUUAUUACCAUUACACCCCAGAGGAGAUCUCCCCAUUGUGGCAUGAUGGGUUAAAAUUUCUCUUCGUGACCGAUGGAACUCUGCGUAUACAUUAUUAUACCCCUUCAUUUGAUGGUGCAGUAAUCGGUACAGAAGAUGUGCUUAUUACUCCAUACACUUGUGAUAGAACUGGUUCUGGUGAUACUAUUGUAGCUGCUAUUAUGAGAAAGUUGACCACUCACCCUGAGAUGUUUGAGAAUCAAGACAUUUUAGAGAGGCAGCUCCGCUUUGUAGUUGCAGCUGGAAUCAUAUCACAGUGGACUAUUGGUGCACUUAGGGGAUUUCCCACCGAAAGUGCUGCCCAGAAUCUGAAAGAACAAGUUUAUGUCCCGUCAAUGUGGUAGAGCUGCUGUGACUAGAAAAAGCUGAAUUCUAGUGCAUGGAAAUCAUAGUUGCAGUUCAGGUACUUGCCUUCUGUUUUCCCAAGUAUUUUGCAGCAUGCCUCUGAUAGAACCAGUAGGGAAGUUUUGUUCAAAAAUAAGUUCCCACGGAAUGUUCAUAUAAUUUCUAUUUCUCUAGCUGUUAAAAUAUCUCGCCAGCUGUAACAUCUGCAAUGACACAAAUCUAAUUUGAUGAAUGACAACCUUCUUGACUGC